AUGGCCGCCCCACAGGAGUUGGCUGAGCGUCCCAAGACGGAGGACAAGGUCUACAUCGACAUCGACGUCGGCGCCGACGAGCCCUCGACCCAGGGCACCGAGUCCUCCCCCUUCAAGUCCCUCGCCGCCGCCUACAUCGCCAACAACGAGUCCGUCACAUCGCGUCACUUCCUCACCCGCGCCUCCAAGACGGGUGACGACGAGGCCGCUCGCCUCGAGUGGAAGGAGCCUGCAAAGAGCGCCGUGAAAAAGGCCCAGUCCGCCCUCGACGCCCACCGCAAGAAGCUCGUCAAGCAGGCCCAGAUCGAGGCCAAGGAGGAGGAGCAGAAGAAGGCCCGCCAGCAGGCCCUCGAGGCUGCCAAGCAGAUCGUCAUCAAGGAGGACGAGUCCCUUCCCGAGGCGAAGCGCAUCACCAUCGCCGACAAGACCGUCGUGCUGGGCGAGGGCGAUACGAAGGGCGACCGCGUCAAGAUUGCCGGCCGCAUUCACAGGCUGCGCGCCCAGAAGCAGGCCACCUUCAUCACCCUCGUCGACGGCUACGGACACCUCCAGUGCGUGCUCCAGGCCGGCGACCUCACAAAGACGUACGACGCCCUUACCUUUGCCCAGGGAACCUCCCUUUGGGUCUAUGGCGAGCUCAAGAAGGUCCCUGAGGGCCAAACCGCCCCGGAUAACCGUGAACUUCACGUCGACUACUACAAGGUCAUUGGCACGUCGCCCACGGACGAAGAUGCCAUCACCAACAAGGUCUCGCUGCUGCAGAACCAGUGGGACUCCCAGAUGCUGGACAACCGCCACCUGGUUCUCCGCGGUGACAACGCCUCCGCGAUCAUGAAGAUCCGCGCCGCCGUCGAGUGGGCCUUCACCAAGACCUACAAGGACCUCAAGAUCACAAAGGUCUCUCCCCCGGCCCUGGUCCAGACCCAGGUCGAGGGCGGUUCCACGCUCUUCUCCGUCCCCUACUACGACGAGGCUGCCUACCUCACCCAGUCCUCCCAGCUGUAUCUCGAGACCGUCCUCCCCAGCUUGGGAAGCGUCUACUGCAUCGAAAAGUCCUUCCGUGCGGAGCGCAGCUUGACCCGCAGACAUUUGUCCGAGUACACUCAUGUCGAGGCGGAGCUCGACUUCAUCGAGUUUCCCGACCUGCUCGCCCAUCUCGAGGAGGUCAUGUGCCGCGUCAUCGACAAUGUCCUCGCCGACGAGGAAAUCGCCGCCUACGUCAAGGAGCUCAACCCCGACUUUAAGAAGCCCGUCCGCCCCUUCCUGCGCAUGAAGUACACCGACGCCAUCGACUGGCUCAACGCCCAAGACCCCCCCAUCCUCAACGAGGACGGCGAGACCCACAAGUUUGGCGACGACAUUGCCGAGGCCGCCGAGCGCAGGAUGACCGACAUCAUCAACAAGCCCAUCUUCCUCACCCACUUCCCCACAGAGAUUAAGGCCUUCUACAUGAAGAAGGACCCCAACGACCCGCGCGUCACCGAGAGCGUCGACUGCCUGAUGCCCGGUGUCGGAGAGAUUGUUGGUGGUUCCAUGAGAAUGGAGGGCUACGACGAGCUCCUCGCCGCCUACGACAGAGAGGGAAUCCCGUCAAAGGACUACUACUGGUACACUGACCAGAGAAAGUACGGAACCUCCCCCCACGGCGGCUACGGUCUCGGCCUCGAGCGCUUCCUGGCCUGGUUGGCCAACCAGCACACCGUCCGUACGACAUGCUUGUACCCCCGCUACAUGGGACGUUGCAAGCCUUAG